UGCACUAGCUCUGCCAAAAGAAGCAACACGGAGCAAAGCACACCAGUAUUAUCCCGAUGAACCACGCGCCACCUCGUUCCGGGGGACGAAGCGAGGCCUAUUGUAAGUUGAGCAAUGACCGGCUCAACUUACAAUAGGCCAGUAGGCCUCAUUUUCUCUUCUGUGCUGGGAGUCGACGGCACUCAGCUCCGGUUGCUUAAUUGCUGUUGGAAUUCAAAGUUCUUACAGUUCUCGACAGGUUAGGCUUCACCAGAUGACAGUCGAAGUACUAAUCUGACGACUUGUGGCGCCACAGAUAUAAAAUCAUUAACAUGAUCAGAACCACUACAAGAUGUUAAGCUGAAUGGACCAGGAGGAAAAUGGUAACAACUUCAACACUUAAUUACCUUAGGACUCAGUCCAAGCUCUCAUGAUUCAAGGUAAGGUCAUAGUCUCAUAUAUCGUAAUAAUUCACAAGUUCCUUUGUUCUCAUUUCCUUGAAAUUUCUUUGGUCUUUCAACCUAUUGAUAGUCUGCCUGUAUGGUUCUACAUAGAUAUUACAUACCACUCAGCAAAUUUCUCAGUUAUCUUCUACCAAUAACUAUGUUCAAGCCUAAUCAUCUUUUCCGAAGAGCACCCUUCUUCUACAUCAUCUUUUACGUGUUCAUGUUCCAAUUUGUUUACUGCAAAGAGCAUGCUCUAUACUCACAGUGCAAGCAACCUUUCAACUGUGGUGCGCUCAAAAAUGUUACCUACCCUUUCUGGGGAGGUACUAAUCGUCCCCAAGUGUGUGGUCGCUUAGGCUUUGAGCUCAUCAACUGCCAAGAAGAAGGUCAACUCCCUCGCAUAAAAAUCAAAGAGCUAGAUUUCCAUGUGUCCAACAUCAACAGCCAAGAGCUUCUUCACACCAUGACAAUUGCUCGCUCUGACCUCUGCGACAGGCCUUGUACUCACCUCCUCGUCAACACCACUCUCAACUACACCCGUUUCUCUUAUGUCCAAACUGUUCGUAACCUCACCUUGUACUACGGAUGCCUCCCUCAAAAUCAAUCCAUCCUCAACAAUUUUACAUGCAUAAUAGACGGCAAACCCAAGGACAGAGAUAUUUCAUACUACAUGGAUGAUUCACUUUCAAGAGUCGUGAAUGAGACGUCUUGUUUUACCAAAAUCCAAGUACCCUAUUUUUGGGAGGACUUUGAUGUUAUGCCUGAAACUGAAAAUGCAACGGCAGAAGUGGAAAAAGUUUUGAAUCAAGGGUUUCAGGUUGAGUAUAAUGCGGAAUGGGAUCUCUGUAGACCAUGCAUGAACUCUAAUGGCAUUUGUGUAUCGAACUCAAUGACGGAUUCGUUUCUCUGCCUUUGCGGGGAUCAACGUUACCGUUCUACUUGUCCACGUUUUCCUGACACCAGCUGGUUGGUUGCAAUAGGUGUUUCUGUUGCAGGAAUAAGUGUGUUCUUAUUCUGUGCUAUUUGCUUCUGUCUGAAAUAUGGUUGUUCAGGGAAUAAGGAAAUGAACAAUGAAGAUGUCGAGGCCUUCAUUCAGAAUAUUGGACCUCUAGCAGUAAAAAGAUACAAAUUUUCAGAUGUAAGAAAAAUGACCAACUCAUUUACAGAUAAACUGGGUCAAGGUGGUUAUGGUGAUGUGUACAAAGGCAAGCUAUUGAAUGGCUGUCGUGUGGCUGUGAAGGUUCUUAAAGAAUCCAAAGGGAAUGGAGAGGACUUUGUUAAUGAGGUUGCAAGCAUCAGCAGAACUUCCCAUGUUAAUGUGGUCACUCUUUUUGGAUAUUGCUUUGAAGGUCAGAAAAAAGCGCUCAUAUACGAGUUCAUGCCCAAUGGAUCGCUUGAGAAGUUCAUAUACAAAGACACUAAUCCUUUGAAAAGCAUUCUGCACUUGGACUUUGAAAGACUGUUCCAAAUUGCUACUGGGAUAGCUCGAGGGCUGGAGUACUUGCACCGUGGAUGCAACACACGAAUCUUGCACUUUGACAUUAAACCACAUAAUAUCCUUUUGGAUGAAAACUUUUGCCCAAAGAUUUCUGACUUUGGUCUUUCUAAACUUUGUAUGAGGAAGGAGAGUAAUAUAUCAAUGUUGGAUACUAGAGGGACAAUAGGGUAUAUAGCUCCAGAAGUGUACUGCAGAAACUUUGGAAGAGUGUCUGCUAAGUCCGAUGUCUAUAGUUAUGGAAUGAUGAUUCUGGAGAUGGUUGGAGGAAGAAAGAACAUUGACGCUCGAGUGAGCCACACCAGUGAAAUUUAUUUUCCAGAUUGGGUUUAUGAGAACCUUGAGGAGGGCAGCAAUUUCGGAUUGCUCAAUGCUGUGACUGAAGAGGAAAAGGAAAUCACAAGGAAGAUGAUCUUAGUUGGAUUGUGGUGCAUACAGACAAAGCCAUCUGAUAGGCCAUCCAUGAGUAUAGUGAUUGAAAUGUUGGAAGGAAGCAUUGAAGCCUUGCAAAUACCACCAAAGCCUGUCUUAUCUUCUCCUGUAAGAACAUCACCCAAAUCUUCCACCUUAUCAGUAGUCUCUGUUCUCGACUAAUGGAUGUAUAUGUCUUCGAUGGUUCAAUUCCUUGUUUCUAAAAAUCAUUCCAAAAAUCUUUUCACUUCGCUUUUUGUUUUUUUUGAUGCUCAGAGCUCUAUACUGUUUUGUACUUUUGAUGUUCAUGUGCGAGGUACAGCAAUUUACCACAAACAAAAUCCGAAAGCAUUGUUUGCUACUUUGGUACUGUACAAAAACAUAUACAAGCACAUUGUAAUGUACAAGAACUUAUCUGAACCUCCAAUACUGUAGACUGCAUUUUUUAUA